GCUACACCUUGUAUUCUUCCACCAUGGUUCUGCAUGGUUCUCCCAUUCAGCGAACUUGGCCACGUGCGGAACAUUUUUCGCUGCCACUUUUCUUCUCUCCACGCUAUCUAGAUCUCCUUACUAUUACUUCGUGCCCUUUGAUCCGUUUUAUACAUGUUCUAACCGCAUUAUACGCUUUCAUACGUAGGAAAUGUAGAAAAGUACUCGCAGCGCCAAAAUGCCCAACCCUGAACAGAAUGAUUUUUUGCAGUCCUUGGGUGCACCUCACGUCGACUCUUUCAAUUAUAUGUUAGAAGAAGGUCUCUGCGAAAGUAUAAGAGACAAUGCGCCAGUAUAUUUAACUCUUCCUAACGGUGACAAAGUAGUCCUCCAGUUGGACGAUGUGCGUAUUGAACAUCCUACAGUACCUCUCAAUACAAUCGGUGUAAAGAAUCACAAAAUAUACCCGACAGAGUGUCGGCAGAGGGGUGCUACUUACAAGGGUAAUAUAACGGUGAGGCUCAGGUGGUUCAUCAAUGAUCAAGAACAGGAAUCCCUGGAGAAAGAUUUAGGAGAGAUCCCAAUUAUGGUUAAGUCUAAUCGAUGUCAUCUUAACAAAAUGAGCCCUAAGAACUUAAUUGCUCACGGUGAGCACGAACAAGAGUGGGGUGGAUAUUUUAUAAUCAGAGGAUUGGAGCGGCUCGUGCGUAUAUUGGUAAUGACUCGGCGGAACUAUCCUAUCGCAGUCCAGAGGCCAACCUGGAAAUCUUCUGGCGAAGAGUUCAGCGAUCUGGGUAUUUUUUUGAGGAGCGUUCGGGAUGACAAUACCACCGCUAUCAACGUACUGCACUUUGUGACCGAUGGAAGUGUAAAGCUAUCAUUCGCCUACAAAAAGGCCACGUAUUACGUUCCGCUGAUACUGAUGUUGAAGUGCCUGAGGGACGUGAUCGACGUAUAUAUCUACAAGACCUUGCUCGCUGGAUGCGAGGAUGAUCACUAUUACAACAACAACAUCAAGAAUAUGAUGCUCAAACUGCACGAGGAGAAUCUACACUGGCACAAGGAGUGUAAAGCAUACGUGGGAAAGUUUUUCAAAGUCAAGUUCACCGAACUGCCCUCGGACGCGUCUGACAUAGACGUUUGUGAUUACAUUAUUAAGCAUUGCGUCUUCGUUCAUCUCGACGACCCCGUGGACAAGUUCAACCUGCUCGUAUUCAUGACGAAAAAGUUAUUUUCCCUGGCCGGUAACAAGUGCGCCGUCGAGGGCAUGGAUUGCGUGAUGAUGCACGAGUGUCUGCUGGGUGGGCAUCUGUAUCUGCAGGUCCUCAAAGAGAAGCUCUCCUCGUGGCUGACCGGACUCAAGAUGUACAUCCUCAAACGCGCUACCAGCGCUGGGAACCGAUACGCCUUGACUAUGCAGGAGAUGCUGAACGUUACCAAGUACAAGAGCAACGUCGGCGCGCAAAUGGAGUACUUCCUGUCCACUGGAAAUAUAAAGUCGUCCACCGGUCUGGGCCUCAUGCAAACUUCUGGCCUCACGAUCAUCGUGGAGAACAUCAACAGGAUGCGUUACAUGAGUCACUUCCGUGCGAUACAUCGGGGCGCGUUCUUCCAGGAAAUGAGGACCACCGAAGCCAGAAGGCUGCAGCCAGAUGCGUGGGGAUUUAUCUGCCCUAUCCACACACCUGACGGUGCACCAUGCGGUUUGCUCAAUCACUUGACGAUAAACUGCAUCGUGACGAAGCAUCCGUGUGCGAAACUGAAAGCCGCACUGCCCACGGUGCUGAUAGACCUGGGAAUGAUGCCGCUGUCGAUCGCGGAUGAUUGGAAGAACUCGUACACCGUGAUGCUGGACGGAAAGUUGAUCGGUCUGAUCGAGGACAAGAUUAUCAAUAAAGUAGUUUACAAGAUGAGGAUGCUCAAGAUAGAGGGCAAGGAAGUACCGUCGACACUGGAGAUCGCGCUGGUGCCGAAGAAGACGGUCCCGGCUCAGUACCCGGGAUUGUUCCUGUUCACCAAUGCGGCCAGGAUGAUGAGGCCGGUGAUAAACCUAGCCGCGCAGAAGACUGAACUUAUCGGAACGUUCGAGCAGAUCUACAUGGAUAUCUGCGUGAUUCCUGAAGAAGCAUAUGAAGGCUUAACGACUCAUCAAGAAGUGAGUCAGACAGCCAUUUUCAGCAAUUUGGCCAAUCUGAUCCCGCUGCCGGACUGUAAUCAAAGUCCGAGGAACAUGUACCAGUGUCAGAUGGGGAAACAAACAAUGGGCACACCGUGUCACAACUGGCAGCAGCAGUCGCAAACGAAAUUGUACAGAUUGCAGACGCCCGCCACGCCGCUUUUCAGGCCGGUGCAUUACGACAAGAUCAAGAUGGACGAUUUCCCGAUGGGCACCAACGCCAUAAUCGCCGUUAUCUCCUACACUGGAUACGAUAUGGAAGACGCGAUGGUCAUCAAUAAGUCAUCGUUCGAACGCGGUUUCGGCCACGGAACGGUCUACAAGUCCGAGUUCGUCGACUUGAACGAUAAGAAGAGCUACUUCGCGCGCGAUCCGACCAAGCCCGACCUCGCGAAAACGCUGGACGUUGACGGUUUGCCUAUGCCGGGUGCCAGGAUCAAAGAGAACGAUGCGUACUAUUGUUAUUACGAUGCCGACAAAUCCCGUUACGUUAUUGGAAAAUACAAGAGCACGGAAAAUACUUACGUCGACAGUGUGAAGUUGUGCGGCACAUUAAACGCUCAGGAAGUCCAAAGAGCAUGCAUCACAUUCCGUGUUCCUAGGAAUCCCACCGUUGGAGAUAAAUUCGCGUCGAGAGCGGGACAGAAAGGAAUCCUCUCGCGGCUGUAUCCCGUCGAGGAUCUGCCGUUCACCGAAACCGGCAUGGUUCCCGACAUCAUAUUCAAUCCUCACGGUUUCCCGAGUCGUAUGACGAUCGCUAUGAUGUACGAAGUAAUGGCCGGCAAAUCGGCGGCUGUGCACGGCCUGAUUCACGACGCAACGCCCUUCAAGUUCGACGAGGAGAACAUGGCCGUGGACUAUUUCGGGAAAUUGUUGGAACUCGGCGGUUACAAUUACUACGGCACUGAGAGAAUGUACUCGGGCAUAUACGGCAACGAGAUGACUGCCAGCAUCUUCUUCGGCAUCGUCCAUUAUCAAAGAUUGCGGCACAUGGUCUCCGAUAAGUGGCAGGUGAGAAGUACUGGACCCGUGGACAUCCUGACGAGACAGCCGAUUAAGGGUCGCCGACGCGGCGGUGGCGUGCGAUUCGGAGAGAUGGAACGUGACGCUCUGAUCUCUCACGGCUGCUCGUAUCUUCUCCAGGAUCGUCUCUUCCACUGUUCCGACAAAAUAACGACUUUAGCAUGUACCAAGUGCGGCUCGCUGCUCGGCCCGGAAAUAGUCGCCGAGAGAUAUUAUCAGCACAAAAAGUGCCGCCUGUGCGGUGCCGACUCCUCCGUACGCGAGAUCGAAAUACCGUACAUCUUCAGAUUUCUGUUGAUACAGCUUGCGUCUUGCAACAUUAACAUUAAAUUGAAUUUCACGCGCAAGUGAUCGCGGAAUACGUGCAAGAUGUAAGACACACACACACACAUAUGUGUAUAUAUAUCACGUUGUACAGCUCUUUUCAAUAAAACGACAUUUUAUUUUCUAA